AUGCUAUCACCAUCAAGCAAUUCAACUUCUUUAACGCAAAAAUUAAUAGAGAAAUAGCCUUUUGAAAAUUCAGUGAAAGGAAUCUUGGGAUAAAAUGUGAAAUUCGUACUUCCUGAAGAUAUCUAAGAAGAGGGUAUCAUAAAAGAAAUUUAGGCUUAUAGGAUAUAAAAGUUUAAGCUGAUAUUUUCUUAUUUUCUUUUUUUUAUCACGGGAGGCUUACUUUAUCUUUUCACUCGCUGGAGUAUAAAUUUAAAGAUAAGACUUUAAAUGGUUUAAUGUAAAUCUUCUGAGGCUCAAUUUAUGAAGAUUAUUUCUGCAGAUAACACAAUUUCUUUAGUAUAGACUGAAAAUAGGACUAUGGCUUUUCAAGAUCAACCAGAGUAAAGCUAUUUAAUUUUUAGCUUCAGACUGUACACAUAUUUCUACAUUCAAAAUUCAAACUGCUUUUAUCCAAUAUAAUUUGCUCUUAGUCUUUUGACUAACAAUUAAAUAUAUGAAAAAUAUGGACGUGGUGUGCCAAGUGAAGAAAAUCUAAAAUAAUAGGUCUCCAUUUAUGGAUUAAACAACACUGAAAUCCCAGAUAAAUCCACAGUUAAAAUAUUGAUAGAUGAAGUUCUCUCUCCUUUCUAUAUCUUUUAAAUUUUUAGUGUAACCCUUUGGAUGCUUGAGCCAUAUUAUUAUUAUGCUUCUGUUAUUUUCUUCACAUCUUUACUUUCUGCUGUUGUUAGUUUAUUAGAAACUAAAAAUAAUUACAAGAAACUAAAGCAAAUGAGUUUCUUCGAAACUCCUGUCUUUGUGUUCAGAGAAGCUGCAGAAUAUAUUGAACCUUAUGAAGGACAAUUUAAAAUUGAAAGAGAUAUCAUAAAGGUAAAAAAGUAGAUAAGCUCUUUGGAGUUAGUUCCAGGUGAUAUAAUUGAAAUACCAGAUGGGUAAAUUCUUCCUUGUGAUGUAAUACUUUUGAAUGGCUCUUGCGUUAUGAAUGAAUCUAUGCUAACUGGUGAAUCUAUUCCUAUUAUAAAAUCUUCUUUGCCAUUUAACAAUAAUAAGUAUCAUCCAAACGAAGAUGGUAAACAAUCAACAUUAUUCGCUGGUACUAAAUGCAUAGAAACAAGAUAUCAUCUUAAGGGAUAAGUUCCCAUACUUGGAUUAGUUAGCUAGACUAGUUUUAAUACUAUGAAAGGCUAACUUGUUAGAUCGAUUUUAUACCCAAAGUAAAAUUCAUUCUCAUUUUAUGUAGAUUCUUUGAAAUUUGUAGCUGUCCUUGCUUUAAUUUCCUUAUUUGGAUUCUUCUUUUCUCUACCAUUUAUGAUUAGAGGAUACCAUAAUGGUUACUUAGAUGUUAGAGAUUUAGUUCUAAACAGCUUAGAUUUAAUAACAAUCACUGUCCCUCCUGCAUUACCUACUUGUCUCUCUAUAGGUAUUUCUUUUGCAAUGUCUAGAUUAAGAAAGAAGCAAAUAUUUUGUAUCUCUCCUCCAAAGGUGAAUAUUUGUGGUAAAGUAACUAUUAUGUGCUUUGAUAAAACAGGUACUCUGACUGAAGAAGGAUUAGACAUGUAUGGAUUAAGACCUGUAUUAUAUUCAGAUCCUAAAAACAUAAAAUUUGCUAAAUUGCAAGAAUAAACUGUUAAACUAGGCAGUUCUAAGUUAAUAAAAAUGAAUGGUAACCCAGAGCAAUUAAAUUUAUAUGGAGAAGGAAACCCCUACACUUACUUAGGAGAUCCAGAAGUAGUUUUAAAAGAAUGCAUGGCUAGUUGUCAUGGUUUAACAAGAAUUAAUGGGGAGUUAAUAGGAGAUCCUUUAGAAGUUAAAAUGUUUGAAGCAACUUAAUGGGAAUUGAUUGAAAAUAAUUUAGAUAAAUUCAGUGAAGUUGUCAUGGCUGUAGUUUAGUAAGUUUAAAGCUAAUCUGACCAAUAAAGUUAAACUGAAAAAAGCCUGAUUUAUAGUAGUUAGUUCAGCUAACAAAUAGGAAUUAUAAAAAGAUUUGAAUUUUCGUCUAAGCUAUAGAGAAUGAGUACAAUUGUUAAAAGGUUUUUAGCAUAAAACGAGUUCUAUAGACUUUAUGUCAAAGGUUCACCUGAAAAAAUAUUUGAAUUAUGCAAGCCUGAAACUAUUCCUUAAAACUUCCACGAAGUUCUUGACUUUUACGCCAGAAAAGGGUUUAGAGUUCUUGCUUUUGGUAUUAAAAUUUUGAACAUGGACAAAUAAUAAAUAUAAAAAGUUGAGAGAGAUGAAGUUGAAAAUGAAUUAACAUUUGCAGGAUUGCUGAUUAUGGAGAAUAAAUUAAAGCCUAUUACUACAGACAUUAUUUAAGAACUUCAAUCUGCCAACAUACGUACUAUUAUGGUUACAGGCGAUAAUGCCUUAACAGCUAUUAGUGUAGGUAGAUAAUGUAAGAUUAUUGAUGAAAAUAAAAGAGUUUACUUUGGUGAUAUAAGUGAUGAUCCCAAGUAAUACAAUAGAAUAGUUUGGAAAGAUUUUGAAAACGGAAACAAAAUUUUAAAUGAAGACAAUUUAGAGCCCGUUGGUGGAGUAGUUAAAUACUAAGAAGAUAAUGUUCCAGAAAUAGAGGAAGAAAAGAAAAUAUUUGAAUAGGCUUAGUUUUUAGAAGAAGAAGAUAGAAGAAUAUCAAAAUUUCACAGAAAGAGGAGUUCUUAAAGCAAAAAAUCAAUUAUUUAAAUGAAUUCGAUUAUAAUCCCGGCUAACAAAAAAUCUUACAGAGAAAGAGCAAAAACUAUUUCAAUGAUAUAACAAGAUGAAACUUUGUAAAAACAUGGAAUGGAAUCUUUAAUCGAAGACAAGAAAAGCAUUUUUGAAAAUUCUCGUAAUCUUUCACAUGUAAAAUCAACAGGAGAUAAAAAAUAUAUUGAAGAAGAAGACAUUAUGUUUUCAGAUAAAGAAAUUAAUGAAUAAGAAGAGGAAGAAAUUGCUGCUUUAAAUGAUGAAGAUUAUUUACCAUGGAAAGAAAGCAAUGAAAGCUAUACUCUUGCUAUAACAGGAAGAGCUUUCUCUAAAAUUAUUCAUGAAUCUACUUAGACAUCUGAAAAAGCUUAGCUUUUAAGAACAAUGUUGCUUAAGACUUAAAUUUUUGCUAGAAUGAGACCAGAAGAAAAGGCUUUAUUACUAUAAUAAUUGUAAGACUUACCUUGGAAACCUACAUGCGGAAUGUGUGGUGAUGGCGCUAAUGAUUGUGGUGCUUUGAAAACUGCAGAUGUUGGUAUUUCUUUGUCUGAAGCAGAAGCAUCUAUAGCUGCUCCUUUUACCUCAAAGAUAUAGGAUAUUUCAUGUGUAGUAGAACUGCUUAAAGAGGGUAGAGCUGCUCUAGUCACUAGUUUUUCUUGCUUUAAAUUCAUGGCUUUGUAUUCCAUGAUUUAGUUUUUCACUACAACUUUACUGUACACAGUUAACUCUCUUCCAGGUGAUAUGCAAUUCUUAUAUUGGGAUAUAGUUAUUAUUAUUCCUCUUGCUUUCUUAAUGGGUUUAACUGAUUCCUAUCCUUCUUUGUCCAAGUAAGUUCCUGGUUCUAACCUUGUUUCUUUCCCUGUUCUCAUUUCAGUAAUUGGCAUGACUUUACUAAAUGGAGGAUUCCAAGUCAUUAUGUUCUUUGUCUUAAGAGCCUAAAGCUGGUAUAUGUCUGUUCAAGAUGCUCAUGAUUACUUAGAUGAUCUUGAUAAUGAAGAUGCAAGAAAAAGUUGCUAUGAAUCUACAACUCUAUUUUUCUUCACAAAUUUCUAGUAUAUCUCUACUUGCAUUGCCUUUUCUAUUGGUAAACCAUUCAAAAAAGAAUUCUUCACAAAUAAAUGGUUCACUAUAACUUUAGUCUUUAUUACUUUACUUUCCUUUUACGUAUAGCUUAUUCCAGAUAGCUUUACUCGCAGUUUCUUAAACAUAUUUGAAGAAGUUAAAUUAGAAAAUUAACCAGCUUAAUCCGAAAUGCCUUUUAACUUUUUGCUUGUUAUUCUAGGAAUUUCAAUUGCUAGUGCAAUCGUUAACAUUCUUUUUGAAAAGUUCGUAGUUAGAAAGAUAUCUUUAGUUGUUAAGAAAAAGAAAGAAUAAAAAACAAAUUUCAGCAUUAUCGUUCCUCAUAACAAAAUAGAAACAUGA